AUGGAUUCCAUGUAUGAUAUGGGAUUUUUGAAUACACCAUGUGUUAAUCAAAGUGUUGGACCAGCUAAUCAAUUAGUUACAUUAUUAGUUCAUACAUUAUUAUCAACACAUUGUGCUAUUUCAUCACCAAAAUUCUGGCCUGAAGAUUAUGGAACAAAUUUAACUGAGAAUGGAUUAAAUAAUUUUGAUUUUAUUGUUAUUGGAGCCGGUUCAGCUGGAUCAGUUAUUGCUAAUCGAUUAUCUGAGAAUCCUGAAUGGAAUGUAUUAUUAUUGGAGGCCGGUGGUAAUCCACCAACAGAAUCUGAAGUACCAAAUUGGUUUUUUGCAUUACAACAAUCACCAUAUGAUUGGCGUUAUAAAACUGAAUCAAAUGGUAAAUCAUGUAUGGCAAUGCGUGAUCAUGUAUGUCUUUGGCCACGUGGCAAAAUGCUUGGUGGUUCUAGUUCAAUGAAUUGUAUGUUAUAUGUACGUGGUAAUCGUAAUGAUUAUGAUAAUUGGAAAAAAUUUGGUAAUCCGACAUGGGGUUAUGAUGAUAUUAAACAAUAUUUUAUUAAAUCAGAAAAUUUAAAAACAACUGAUAAUGAUAAUAUUAAUUUAUCGGAACAUGGUCAGAAAGGAACAUUAUUUGUUAGUCAAUUUUCAAGUGAUAAUAAAUUGAGUGAUGCUAUUAUAAAAGCUGGUGAAGAAUUAGGUUAUAAAAAUAUUAAAGAUUUUACUGAAGAAAAUUAUAUUGGUUAUAGUAAAGUAUUUGGUACACAAUAUCAUGGUAAAAGAUUUAGUACAGCAAAAUCAUUUUUGGUAUCAGCAAAAAAUCGUAAAAAUUUAAAAAUAAUUAAAUAUGCUCAAGUUAAAAAAAUUAAUUUUGAUAAUGGAAAACGUGCAAAUGGUGUUACAUUCGUUUAUAAUGCAACAGGUGAAAUGAAAGAAUUUACGGUACCAAUUAAAAAAGAAAUAAUAUUAUCGGCUGGUGCAAUUGGUACACCACAAAUUUUAAUGUUAUCUGGUAUUGGACAAGAAACACAUUUAAAUAAAUUUAAUAUAAAAUUAGUACAUGAAUUGAAAGGAGUUGGCCGUAAUCUUCAAGAUCAUGUCAUUAUACCAUUAAUAUUCAAAGUGAAUAAAUCAACUGCAAAAGCUGUUACCAAAGAAUAUCUUUUAGAUAAUAUGUAUAAUUAUUUAAUGAAUCGUACAAGCUUUUUAUCACAUCAUGAUACAAUGAAUGUUGUUGGCUUUAUAAAUACAACUGAUCAAAAUGCCAAAUAUCCUGAUAUUGAAACACAUCAUUUCUAUUUUAAAAAACGUAGUCCUGAAAUGCAAUUUUAUGUUACUGUUGUCGGUUAUUCAGAAAUUGUUGGUAGAGCUAUUUUAGAUGCAAAUUUAUAUGCUGAUAUAUUAGUUGCAACAGUUGUAUUAUUAAAUCCAGAAUCAAGAGGUAAAAUACAAUUAUCAAGUGAUAAUUAUUUAGAUAAUCCAAAAAUAUAUGCAAAUUAUUUGGAACAACAAAAUGAUUUAGAUACAUUAUUGCGUGGUGUGAAAAUACAAGCAGCAUUUGAACAAACAAAAGCAUUUAAAGAAAAUGAAGCACAAUUAGUUCCAAUACCAUUACCAGCAUGUAAAAAUUUUGAUGAUAAAACUGAUGAAUAUUGGUUAUGUUAUAUACAACAAAUGAGUACAACAAUAUAUCAUCCAGUUGGUACAGCUAAAAUGGGACCAGAUUCUGAUAAAGCAUCAGUUGUUGAUUGGAAAUUAAAUGUAAAAGGUGUUAAAGGAUUACGUGUUGGUGAUGCUAGUAUUAUGCCAACUAUAGUUAGUGGAAAUACAAAUGCUCCAACAAUUAUGAUUGGUGAAAAAUGUGCUGAUUUUAUUAAAAAAGAUUGGAGUAUAUCAAAAGAGGAAUUAUAAAAUGAAAUAGUUAUACGUUUCAACUUUAAUUUAGAAUAAUUUCGAGAAAAUCAAAAAAAUAAU